AUUUUUUCUUCUAUGACUUAUGGGUUAAAACAUGCAACACUGUUAUAAGCAUUUCAUCCGUGAGUUUGCCCACAGACCAUGUCAACAUAACCAAAAACUUACCCUCCCAAUUCCUUCACCGUAGUUCCUUUGGUUCGUGCCGUUCUUUCUCGUUGGCGAUUAUUCGCGUAACGCGUUUACAUCCUCGUUUAUCCGGUUAAUCUUUUCAUUAACUGUCAUCAUGGCACCGAAAAAGGUAAUAUUAUUUUAUAAUAUUAAACAUUAAUUAUAAUAUAAACGUUUAGUAGCAAAUAUUUAUUUUCUUUAUUAAUAAUAUUUUGUACCUAGGUAUAGAAAUGUGUGAACAAUAUUAAUUCUUUAUUAUGCUAUAAUGUUUGAUCGAUUUAAAUGGUUUAAGAUUAUUCAUAUAUUAUUUUAUUCUACCAUCUAUUACGAAUUUAUUCAUAUAAUUCUUAUUUUCUUAUUGUAGGCAGGUGCUAAUAAAAAAGUUGGAAAGAGGGCGAAGAUUGCUCCAGCCCCUCUCUCCAGUGAUAAACCAAAGAAAGUGGUUAAACAAAAAGUAGUUAAUCCACUGUUUGAAAAAAGACCAAGAAACUUUGGAAUUGGUAAGUUCUUAAUUUUUAUACCUAGGUAGUUUACUGUACUUAAAAAACUGGUUAAAACUAAAGUUUUUUCAUUUCCUAACAUCCAAACCAAAUAUUUAAAACACUGUUAGCAAAACUGAAAUGUUAAAAUUAAUACGUGUUCCAAUCAAUUCUUCAAAUUACAUAAGUAAUAUAUUUAUUUUCCAUAUUGCAGUCUUCUUUUGUCACUUAAUGUUCCUAAGUAAGCCCUUAGUAACACAAUCCCAUAUUUGGUGAACGACAAACUUAAAUUAUUAGAUUAAAUUUCAUCAACAUCAUGGUAUUAAGUUGUUACUUAUUAUUCAUUAGGAUAUUCUUACAUUAGAGCAACAAUAUCAGUUAGUACUGAGAAAAAUUAAUAAAACUAUAAAUUAUAAAAACUAAGGAAAUUGUUAAUAAAUAAGUAAUUAAUAAAAUUAGUCCCUACUUUAACUUUCUAUGUAGUAGGUAUGCAUAAGUAUUUUGUAAGAAUUAUAUUUGGAGCGUAGUGUUGGAUCUAUUGGUUUUACUAAGAUGUAUAUGAUGUGUGUAUUACAAAUAAAAGACAUUUCCUUGUAAUUUUGAAUACAUGUUCAUCGUCCAUAUAAUAUUAUAUACCUGAUAUAAUAAUUUAUUCUCCCAAGAACCCAAAUUCAUAAAUGUAAUUAAUUUGUGACCACCAGAUUUUAGUGGUGCCUACCGAUUUAUUCAGUUUUCAGUCUAGCAAUACAUAUUUUUACUCUUUUCGGUGUCAUUGAAAAAAACUAAUUUGAUUUUAUUUAAAAUUUUGUAUAGUCAUUAAAAUGUAAUAAAUAAUAAUUACAAUUAUUGGACUACAAAUGGCAAUGCUUUUGUAUAAAAUGUGUAAAUACUGUAAAUUAUAUUUCAUAAUAAUGAUAGACGAUGAUAACAAUUUUUUAUCAAUCUAUUAAUCCAAUAUUUAACAAAACUGUCAUAUAUUUUAGGAAUGUUUCUAAAACAUGAAGUUUGAUAUUUAAUUGUGUAAACCGGGCCUUAGAUUACAACCAUUCAUUUAUCCAAUAUUUAAUCAUUCUUAUUAUUUAAUCCGUGUCCCUGUUAGUCUAAUGAGGUCUUUCAUAUCGCCUUAUACAAAUUGUCUACAGUUUGUUUCUUUCAAUAUUACAGUUUGUAGCGGAGAUGAUAAUUAAAUGAAUCUAGGUAAAAAAGAGUUGCUUAUUUUUAGUUUGCCUCUCUUAAAUUAUUCCAUUAACAUUGUAAUAUUGUCAUUAGUCAGCUAGGGGCGAAUUGUCUCUAAAGACCUGAUUAAUCAGUGCGAACUAACAUCUGAGCUAACUUAAAAAGUUGCUACAGCGCAGCUUUCUACUCAUACUAUGAGACCACCUACAAAUUAAUGUUUUUUGCAAGUCUAUCAGUACCUUGCAUCCAAAGUACAUCAUUCUUUACCUGUCUACUAUUAAGUCAGCAUCUCGUAUUAUGUAAUCAAGCAUUAAGUCAAGGAGCCUAAUUCUCAAAUUUUUUAUUUUAAAUCAAAUUUAAAAAAAAAAUAAUAGGUAUACAGUUCAUACUAAGGGGUACCAUUAAAUAUUUUAGUUGGAUGAACUAGUAUUGAAAUGGAAUUUUCAAGGAAUGACAGGGAGUACCCAAAUAAACAUUGUCAGACUAAUUUCAAAUUUGUAACCUUUUUGGCAUGCACAUGUGCAAUACAACUAAUUAUUUUUAAACAAUUUUCUCUAAUUACAAAUUAGCAAAGUUAUAGUAUGUUGAACUUUAAUAUUUACGAAUAAUCUGCAAUUGAUGAAAUUUGAACUAUGUUCAAUAUGUUUAUAUGUGAAUCCUAAUAAUAUCCAACAUUAAAAAACAAAUACGAGUAGUGUGUAAUAAUUUGUGUAUUAAUUUUAAUAUUUAUAAUAUCUAUAAAGAGGAAUUUCAAAAUAUCAAAGAUAUCAUUUCUGUUAUCGAGAUUAGAGAAAUACUUUUUAUACAAAAUUGGUUAAACAAAAAAAUACUCUUAUCUAAAUCCGUAGAAAAAAAAUUUGUUGUAUUAUGCACGUGUGUACCAAAAGGGUUAAACCAUUUUAAUUUUGAAUACUCCAUAUCAUUCCUUAAAAAAUUCCAUUUUAAUACUAGGUUAUCCAACUGAAAUAUUUAGUAAUACCUUUUAGAGUAAACAUACUGUCUAAUGUAAAUAUCAAUUCUUGCAAGUUUUUGCAAUAUUCAAUUGUAUACACUAAUCAUCAUACUCCAGGCGACAAAUUUAUUUACUUAUUUUUUACUUUAUUAUUUUAAUAAUUGUAUUUUACCUUGCUAUCAAAUAAAAAAAGAUGCAUAUUUACCAAGUUAAAAGAAAAUUUGGAACAACAAAGUAAAUUAGUAAAUAACAAUGUAAUACAUUACAUUUUUAAACAUUUGCAACCUUUUUUUUAAUAAUUUAUACAGUUCAUAGUAUAAUGUCUAUUUUAAAAUAAACUCUAGUAAAUGUAACUGUUAAGUAGUUAAAUCGCAAUGAUGAUAGAAUUUCUUCAUCUGAACUAAAUUUCUAUUUAAUAGUUAUAUCAUUAUAUAUGUUAUAAUAAUGCUGUAAAUGACAUUCUGAGCGAAUUUUUUUUUAAAACAAAUAUUUUAAUGAUGACUAGAAAUUACAUCUAGUCUAAAUGUGUUAAUCAUUAUGAAACAUUUUUAUUUUUUAAAUGAGGUUAUAUUGACCAUAAAUAUUAGUUACUUCUUAUAUAGAACACCAUGUUAUUUAAAAUGUUUACUUUCAGCACAUAUAUUAAGUAAUUUAAAUUUUUACUUAAUAUAAAUUCUGUUUUAGCUAUGAUGUUAAAAUUUCUUCAACUAAACUUUUCAUACAUAAUAAAGUAUGUUAAGAGUAAUGUUGAAAAUGACAUUCUGAGCUUGGGAAUGUUAUAUUUAUUGGAUGAUGAGUUGUUUUUAGGUUGACAUAAAAUGAUAAUAUUAUAUUAUAUGAGCUUUUUAACUCUGACAUCUUUUCAAAACUAAUUGUUUAAUAUCUUAUUAUAUUUACAUGGAGAGUUCUUUUAUAAUAAUUAGAAUAAUUGUGUGUAUUUUUAGGCUGGUUAUUUUCAACGUCUUGCCUUGCUUUGAUGUAUAUAUUUCUAUUGAAAAAUCAUAUGAAAAGUAUUAUUUGAGCUUUCUUAACUAAAACUACAACAAUAAUUUGUCUAAAUUGUUAUAAUCUCUCUUAGUCUUUAAAAUUAUUAAUUAAAAUAAAACAAAACUUUUCAAUUAUGUAAUUUAUAUUCUUUUUUUUUUCGCCAUGCAUAAAUUCUUUAUUGAUAAAAAUUCACAUUUUGUGCUUUAAAAAUGCUGAACUCAAUUUUAACUUUAGGAAACAAAAGUAAAUUUGAUUUAUAUUAAUUAUAAAAGAUAUUGCUAUGAUGAGUUAUAUAUUAUUAUUGAUAAUAAUGAAAAUAUAAUUUAUGAGCUUUUUAACACUGAGCAAUUGAUACACAGAUAAUAUUGUUUACCAAAAAUUGAUUUGUUUAAUAUACCAAAAAAUAGCAUAUCCUAACUUAGGGUCAGGUGGUGAGGUAAUUGUAAAUGGCUGUACUUGUGUUUCUGACUGUAAAAUACUUAUAAAUAAUUUUAUCAUUAUACAUAAUAUGUCCUGUAAUAAAUAUAUUUUCAAUGCAAUUUUAACAAAUUUUAAAUCUAAAACGUAAAAAAAUUACUAUGUACAUUUACAAUUUCUCCUUGAUUUUGGGGAUGUGAAUGAACAGAUUUAAGAGCUAUUAGGUAGGUUAGGUAAUUAUCAAAUUGUGUAUGGGGUAAAUAAAAAUGAAUGGUAAUAUUAUAUUUAAUAUUACACAGUUCUUUAUAAGUAUCUAUGACUACUGUGUUUCAUUAAUUUGAUAUUUUAAAUUAAAAUAUUGAAUUAAUAACCAUUUUACAGGGCAGGAUAUUCAACCUAAGAGAGAUUUAAGCCGUUUUGUCAAAUGGCCAAAUUACAUUCGCAUUCAAAGACAAAAGUCAGUUCUUCAAAGACGGCUCAAAAUUCCUCCACCAAUCAACCAAUUUUCAUUUGCUGCUGAUAAAGCUACUGGUACUAAGUUAUAUUUUUAAACUUAAAUUUGAAUCAUUAAACUGAAACUCAUGGGUAUUAUUUUAGUAACUCAGUUAUUUAAACUGAUGGAAAAAUACAGACCUGAAACUGCUGCUAUGAAAAAAAGAAGAUUGCAGGUACAGUUGUAUAAUAAAUCAAAUUCUUAUAAAUUAUAUUAUUUUGGUUUUUAUAUUUGAAGGUAUAUUGUAUAUAUAUUUUAUUUUAUUUUUUGUUUUAGAAAAGAGCUGAAGAUAAAGUAGAAUCAAAGGAAGAUCAACCAACUAAACGCCCUAAUGUUAUUCGUCAAGGAAUCAAUACUGUAGUAAACCUUGUUGAACAAAAGAAAGCUCAAUUGGUUGUUAUUGCCCACGAUGUAGAUCCAUUGGAGGUACAAUAUUUUCUUUUUAUGUUUGAUUAAAGUUUAAAUAAUAACGUAUUUUGUAGUUGGUCAUUUAUUUACCAGCAUUGUGCCGUAAAAUGGGUGUUCCUUACUGCAUUAUUAAGGGAAAAUGGAGGUUAGGAAAUCUUGUGCGUCGUAAGAAUUGUACAGCUUUAGCUAUUACACAGGUAAAUAUGGUGCUGAAUACAUAAUUAUGUAACUUGUGUUUAAAAAAUUAUAAUUAGUUAAAUUCAUCAUUUAAAUUUAAAUUAGGUUGAUACCGGUGAUCGUGCUACUCUUGCUAAAUUGGUAGAAUCUAUUAAGAACAACUUUAAUGAACGAUUUGAUGAAUUCAAACGUCAUUGGGGUGGUGGUGUUUUGGGUGCCAAGUCUGCUUGUCGCCUUGCCAAAAUUGAAAAGGCAAAGGAAAAAGAACUUGCGCAAAAACAAUAAGAUUUAUAUAUAUGUUUUACCUAAUAAAAUAUGAAAAAAAUAGACAUUUUGUAUUUCAAUUAUACCCUACAUUUCUUAUUCUUGCUCCCAUAUUUAUUUUAUGAUUUUAUUAAUAUAAAG